AUGGACAAAGGUAAUGAUGAUGAUGGUGAUGAUGGUGAUGAUGAUGAUGAUGAUGAUGAUGAUGAUGAUGAUGAUGAUGAUUUGGAUGGUGAUGAUGAUGGCGAUUAUGAGGAGGAGGAGGAAUAUAAGACGUUUCCAUACCACACUAUUGUGAAAAUACUGGGAAGAAAACAAUCGACAGGAUACUUCCCCCUGCGAUUUGCGGUCAGAAGUAACUGGGUGUUGGAAAGGAAGAAAGUUGGAGGGAAAGACGGAAAAGACAACGGAAAACAGGGGCCAGCUCGGGAGCACACAUUUUGA